AUGGCCGCGGAGAAGUGGCGCGGCUUUUGCUGGGAGCCAGCGCAGCGGUGGAUGCUAAGAGCGGCUUUGGCCCGGGUCCUCGGGUCUGGGAGUUUGUGGGACGGGGAGAUCUUGGGCGCCUCGAAGGCCAUUGGGCUCCUUUGUGGCCUUGAUGAGAUUAGAAGUGAAACUCCACUCCACCAUGCAGCAGGAGAGGGUCGUGGAGAUUUGGUGCGGCUUUUGCUGGGAGCCAGGGCAGCGGUGGAUGCUAAGAGCGGCUGUAGCGAGACGCCGCUGGAUGCCGCAAGAAAUUCAGGCCACACCGAAGUUGUGAGGAUCCUGGAGGCCCCAACGAAGGGCAAAGGAAAGCAGCAUGGGCAGAAGAGCGCUGCCGCCCAUACGCGCGGAUCAGAUGCGAGCUGA